AUGAAUAAAAAAAUAGAGGAGGAGGAGGAGGAGGAAGAGGACAAGGAGGCGGAGGAGGAAAAGGAGGAGGAGGAAGAGGAGGAAAAGGAAGAGGAGGAAGAAGAUGAAUUGGAAGCGAAUGAUUAUUUAUUGAAUGAAUCAAUUGGACGAAUAAAUAGACGACAAAGUAUGCAAUCAUUUCAUAUUAUUACUUUUUCACCUUCUCAACAUAUAAUCAUUUCAUUCUUUACGUAA